GGUGCAUGCUGGGGCGCGUAGUCCCCCCGAACAGCACCUGUAACUGAGCGGUUGGUUGGCGGCCGCCCCAGGCGCCACCGCGGCGGCGCGAGACCGCGUCCGUAAGUGGCAGCGUUGCGUGGCUGUGGUGCUGCCGCGGGCGUUGUUCUUGCUGCUCCUCCUGCGGCCGGAGAGAGGCUGCGCCCUGUGGAGGUAUAGAACCACGGAAGAAAACUAUGAACUCUUUACUUCCAGGAAAGAUUUCAGCAAGCCAAAUCUGCUUUGUGAGAGCUCAAGUGAGCAUUUUGAGGUGAUGCAAAGUUUACCUCCAAGGAGGAAAUGAAGAAAUAUGACUGCUCUUUCUGGAACUAACAAGCCUGGUAUAGACUUCAUAAAACUGAACCCAUGGUAGAAAUGUAUGCUAAUAAAGUUUAGGUUUUAUUGUCUUCAGAUUGCUCAAUGUGUUUGCUUGGAGCAAGUUAUAGUUAGAUUUCACUGUAACUCAGGUACAUUCAGGCUUUUGACUUUAGUAAUUUUCUGCCCCUCGAUAAAUUUCAAGAGGCUCCAACAGGAACUUUUAAUAACACAAACUGGGAGCAAUGUGAGAUAACUUCUGCAUUUCAUUCAGACCUUUGAGGAUGAAGAGCAGUAUUUGCCUGCUUCUGAUCAUUCUCAUCAUUUCAUGUGCUGUGCGACAAUAGCUUCAGCGAUGGAAGGCGCAGAUCAACUCUUCUUAAAUGAGUACCAGUUAAUUUUGUGGAUAUACGAUCCUGAAAGUGCAGAUGCCUCUGAACUGAAUCACACUGCAGUUUUUCUGUCAGAAAGUUCUCAGAUACUCAGCAAGCUGUUAUGGAUUUGGGGGCAGAAACCUGUUGGUCAGACCUAUUUCAAGCUAAAAACAUUCCAUUCUGAGAGGUUUCUGAAACUCAGCACUUGUUACAAAAGAGAAGCCAGGCAUGUUUUUACACUUGGAGCAGAACACAAGCUUCCUGAGAGUGAAAUACUUGGAAUGCAUUCAAGGUGUUGGUGUUCAACUGUCUGUCCAGUGCAGAGUGGAAAGCAAUUAAGUACUUUGGCAGCACAGAUGUCUACUGAGCUGUAUGGUGGAUAUAGUGAAGCGUUUAAUAAAAUAGCAGAUACUGUGAGCUUAGUGAAGAUCCUGGAUUUUCCAAACACUGCUUCUUUAACUGUAAGGACUGUUAGCUGUGACUCAGUCCCAUCUGAAGUUACAGUGUUACUUAUUUGCAAAGCCUGCAGCUCCUCCAGACUAUUUUCUCUGGUAUUUUAUAAUGAAGACAUACAACCUUGGAGCUUAGGAGAUUUUUACCUGCCUGCUCCUCAGAGUUCUGCUAUGAGGAUGAUAUACAUAAAUUCAGCAUUAUCUUCUGGACUGCUGUGGGAUGAUGUGUUUACUACCCCUAUAAAAACAGCGCAGAUAAUGAAUAUCUUCAUGUGUCUGGAUCGACACUACCAGAAAUGUCUGAUGGGAGCACUAUCCACCAGAUUAUUCUUGGUCUCUCACUUUUUUGUUGGCUGCCCUCCAGGAAGGAACGUUACUGUUGAGAUAUACGAUGUUGAUACUUAUGUUAGAAAUGUUGAAGCAAAUUUUGUGUUAUGGGAGAUAAAAGGCAGAACUGACGAUGGGUACACUUCAUCCGUGAAAAAAAAUUACAGAUCCUGUUCUGAGCUUCUUGAGAACAGUUCAAAGGAAGGACUGAACGAGCAGUAUCAGAUUUUAAACAGCACUUCUCGAAACCACAUCGCUUGGCCUUUUAGUCAUGAUGCCACUUACGUGUUCAGAGCGAGGAUAUUAGAUCGAAACUACAGACCAGAUGUUUCUACAGCUGAGUUUCAUUCCUUCAUCACACUCAGCAUCUUGUUGGCCUGCACCACCUUCUGCUACAGAUACAGCCUCACUUGGAAGUCUGAAACACUGGGUGGAUUCCCACAGAACUCAGACAAGACCUGAAGGCCAGUAUCUCACUGAUAAACUAACAAUGUAAAACAAUUCCUUAAAAUAGGGUGGUGCUGGGGACAACUGAUACACUGUUUAUUAAGAGAUUGUUUUGCAAGUACUUUUUAUAUCUGUAUAAUAUUAUUUCAUGUACAGAGGGCAUGCCAGGCAACACAUCUGAGCCCCUAUGAGAGCAAAGCUCUGAUGUGGCUAAUCAUUUUUAAAAGACAUUUUCCAAGCCAAGCUAAGUUAAGUUGCAGCUGUGAGCCUCGUGCUUGAGUUGGCUUCACCUUAUGGCUUUCACUGACUCAACUAAGGUAUCAGCAUAAUUUUUCAGUGUGAAAUCUGAUUGACCAAUGCAUGCAAGGUUUCUGUUCUGUCAAAGGGCUGCAGCCAAUCGAGUUCUGAAAAUGCUCAGCACAGCCCACAGAAGGAAUAUUGUGUUUCUGAAGAUGUUUUUUGAUGCUACAUGUUUUACUUCUGUUUAACAAAUGUUAAUUCUAUCUAUCUUAAAAGUCUAUCUAUUUGGAUCAUAUGUCCUCUCAAGCUUAUUCACUUCUUCAGUAUAUAAAUGUUAGUUAUAACAUAGUUGUAAAAGUUAUAGUUGGUUACAGUAGUUACAACAUCAGUUAUAUCAGUAAACAGUCAUACUUGCAUCUAUUUUAACACCAUCUGAAGGUGUUUCAGAACUUCCAGCCUGAAUUUUCUUACCGUGAACUUAAGAUACCUUGCAAAGCUUAUGCUGUUAAUGGCAACUGUUCCAUCUGUCCCAAAGCAAGUUAACAAAACUCCAACAGUAAAUAAACGUUGAAGUUCUUACA